UGACUUCCUAACAACUCAAAACAAAACCGUUUUCAUAUUAUUUAUCUAACUAAUUGGUGCUUCUGGUGCAAAGUGUACAGAACGAACACUUUUUUGCCUACGCGACUUUCCGUAGAUUUGUCGUCAUCGUCAUCAGCAACUCAUCCUGCUGUCUUGUUUGUAGCAAACAGUAAGCUAGCUGAGUAUUGUUGCCAUGUCACUGCGGACAGUGCUCACAAAUUACAUCUAGAGUCAGGGUUCCUUCUAUGACAGCAUAUUUAGUACUUUAAUGUUGGAUAAUACGACGCGUAUAAUAGGCCCCGCCUACACCCAGAGGUAAACAAAUAGCAUCUGAGCUGCAUUACGGUAGCCAUCACCACCGUACCCGUGUCGUCGUAAGUAAAUGGAAAUAAUUUCGCAAUGAAUUGUCGCUCGGUGGUUCUUGAGGUAACAGUGGAGGCGAGGCAGGUGGAGGAAGCCAUGCUGUCUCUGCUACACACCAUCUUACUGCACCGCAGCUCUGGGAAGUUUCACUACAAAAAGGAAGGCACCUACUCCAUCGGUACAGUGGGAACAGUGGACAUCGACUGUGACUUCAUCGAUUUCACCUUUGUCAGGAUUUCCUCAGAAGAGCUAGACAGAGUGAUCAGGAAGGCUGUGAAUGAAUUCAAGGAUGCCCUGAGCAACACUGGCAGCGAUGGCGUGGGGCAAAUCUCCCUGGAGUUCUAUCAGAAGAAGAAGUCUCGCUGGCCGUUUUCUGACGAGUGUAUUCCCUGGGAGGUGUGGAGCAUCAAGGUCAAUGUCGUCAACCUGGCCAAUGAGCAGGAGAGACAGAUUUGUAGGGAGAAAGUGGGGGAGAAGCUUGGCGAUAAGGUGAUCAACAUUGUUGAGGUCAUAAAUCGCCACGAAUACUUGCCAAAGAUGCCCACCCAGUCUGAAGUGGACAAUGUUUUUGACACCAGUCUUAAAGAUGUCCAGCCAUACCUUCACAAAAUCACAUACCAGAUCACUGACUCUCUGGGCACCUCCGUAAGCACCACCAUGAGGAGGCUGCUUAAAGACACCCUGGCUCUGUGAGGACACUGCAACACAGAGAAACAAAUAUAGAUAAUUCUAUCCUCAGAUAUAUCUAAAGUCACACCUGAUAUCUUUUUUUCCUUUGAAAGUAUGGUUUAUCAGCUCAUCUACUUCGCAUCAGUGUAAUCACCGUAGUGACAUCUCUACCCUAACUAUAAAACUUUUCAAAAGAUUUUUUUUUUUUCAAAUAAUUUCUGUCCAAAUUGUCUUCACCUCCCUCUAUUACCUUAAGAAAUGCAACUUAAACACAGUAGUGAAUCAACACCAGAUGUUAGUUAACUUUAUGUUGUUAAUGUUAGAUCUGUAAAUUAUUGUAAAUCUUUGACAAUAAAUGUUUAUUGUAACUGAUGUUAAUUAGUUAACAACAGUCAUUGAUCUUGAAAACCAUGUAUCUUAACGAUUGAGAUGAGAACAAUUGCUGGUAAAGAUUAAAUCUGUCUUUUUUCGUGUGUCUGCAAAAGUUCUGGAUUUGGAAACAGGUUUCCUCAUCCAUGUGUAAACUUCCUCUCUGCACACAUUAACAUGGAGAGUGUGACCUGACACAUGGGGAGGACAGGAUUUCCAUUUUGCCAUUUUUUCCAAAUUAAAGCAAGCACUUCCUAAGUUCACUCCCAGGUUUUCCAGCAAGUAAUUGUCACUGUGGCCCUGAGUGAGAAAAACAUCCCAGUGGCUCAUGUUCAUCUGCUAACGGGAGGAUGUGUGUAUUUUCACAUAAUUAGCUCCACAAUUGAAUAAAUACACAAAGUUUGAUUGACAGGUCACAUAGAUAAAGCUCACAACUGGGUUAUUUAUUUAUCUUUGCUUUGCUAUUUUGUAAAAAAUACUGAUUGACCGAUACUGCUAUGAUGUUUGUUUGUGCAACACAAACUAAUGAAUAGUUCAGGGAUAAGGUUUGGAGAUUUGAGAAGAUAAUGUACAAUGUACUGUAUUUUUAUCCUUAAUGAAGUAUAUGGAGGCAUGUAUAAAUAAAUCCAUUGUUCUUUA